GAAGGAUUUACGGAUUGACUUUACACGAACGCAAAUAUAAGCAGUAAACAAACGUGGAAGACGAGGGCGAUAAUGCAGACUUCUACUCCUAUUUUACGGGCUUUUUCUGGCCUUAGAUUAGGAUUCUUUAGGCCAAGAUAUGCACACAGUGAUGCCCUGAGUGAGAAUGACCUCGUAAACCCACAAUGUGUGAACAGAAAUCCUCGAAACAUGGAGAUGCUGAGGUUGGCGAGGAAACCCCAAGGCUGGGGCCUUGACGUUCCAGGUUGUAAUUAUUGGUACAAAUUGUUUCUAGACUGUACCCAACGCCACGUAACUGCCCGUGUUGAGCAUUUCACUGGUAAGACGGUAGUUUCAGCCUCAACCAAAGAGUGGGCCAUCAAGCAGCAUCUCUUCUCCACAACAGACAUCAACGCGGUCAGGAACAUUGGCCGCAUCAUUGCACAGCGAUGCCUGCAGUCUGGUAUUUCAGAACUUCACACAGAGUUGCAGAAACAUGUAGAUACGUCAGAGAAGAUAAAAUCCUUCAUGGUGGCCCUAGAAGAAGGCGGCCUAGUAACCCAUGAACCUACAACAAUAAGUGAGAGAUCGGUGCACCCGCUGCUGGCGAAGAGAAGAGAAACUCUACCCUGGACGGUUCUGGAAGAGGAAGUGCUGAACGAAGAGGAGAAGAAGAAGAAAAAAGAAUAAUUUCUUUUUCUUCUUGAUGAUUUGUUAAAAUGGACAGCAAGGAGUGUCUAGUUGAUGACUGUAUGAAUGUUUUUCUUUUUCUUUUUUUUUUUGCUUGUACAAAUAGUGUAAAUAUUAAAAUGAAUUCAAUGUGU